AUGUCUGGAAACCUAACGGAAGAACAAAUAGCCGAGUUCAAGGAAGCCUUUGCGCUCUUUGACAAGGACAACAACGGAUCGAUCUCGUCGUCGGAAUUGGCCACGGUGAUGAGAUCUCUGGGCCUUUCGCCCAGCGAAGCCGAGGUGUCGGACCUUAUGAAUGAAAUCGACGUCAACGGAAACCAUAAAAUUGAGUUUAGCGAGUUUUUGGCAUUGAUGUCGCGCCAGCUAAAGUCGAACGACUCCGAGCAGGAGCUGCUCGAGGCGUUCAAAGUGUUUGACAAAAACGGAGACGGACUCAUCUCUGCAGCCGAGUUGAAACAUGUGCUUACCUCGAUCGGUGAGAAACUCACCGACGCAGAGGUGGACGAGAUGCUGCGGGAAGUGAGCGAUGGCAGCGGGGAAAUCAACAUCAAGCAGUUCGCCGCGUUGCUCUCGAAAUAA